AGAGAAUCCUUUUAUUUACGAUAUACAUUCCUACAUCCCACACCAAACACGACAAUGGCGUGCAAUUUUACAUUCAUGAGACACUAGGCACAAGUAGGCCAGCGCCAAUGUAAAGCAUAGAAAGUAAAGGCAGGCCGAAGCGCUCUAGUAAGGAGAGGCAAGAGUCACGCUCCUGCCUCACAUGGAAUCAGAGAAAGAGCCUGCUAGGUGUCACUGCGAUCGCAUCAAGUCCUGAGGCACUGACGCCAUUUUAGCGACUAACCUGCAAGGCGCGGAAGAAACGAGCCGUUUCAGAACGAAAUAUGUAACUAAAAUACCGACUGUAUCUGAUCAGUGAUCGUUAUGGAGAAUGGCGAUGAUUCAUCUUUGGAGAAUGUGGAGCCUGAACCAGAGGAUGAUCUUCAUGAGGGAUCAUUUCUUGAAGGACAAAGCUUCUCUUCCAAUGAUGGUGCUGCAGAUGAAGAGCAACCCUCUAAGAGCAGUUGCUCUGAGAGAAAUGAAGUCAGAUCAUUCACUCCUGGCUCAGAUCAUCUUAAUUUAUCAACAGACGAAGAAACUAGAGGGUCAACAUUGGACGAUUCAUUAGUAGAGGGGGGAGCUGCUUUAAGACAUGCCCUUGAAUCAAUGGGAAACAGCUGUCAAGCAACACAAGAUCUUCAGCUGUCUUCUGACUCUUCAUUUAGUGAUCUCAAUUCUUCUAAUACCACAAACAAUGAUGAAGAAAUCAAUCAGGAAGUGGAUAGGCUUAAGUGUUCAGAAUAUAAACUUAACUCAAAAGAUCUUAGUGAUGUUGCUGGUGUGCAAAGUGCUGAGUGUCAUGACACAGAAACUAUUAAAAGUGCAAGUGCUAGUGAAAACAUUUCAACAGAGAGCUGUCAAUCAAUCGAGGACCAAAGUGAAAAUAAAGAGGAAAGUCUCAGCACCAAGAACCUUGAUGAGCCAAUCCAGCAUGUGGAUAAUAUAAAAUCUGCAGAAGUGGAUGCUGGUAGUGAUGAGGAUAGUGCUGCUGUGACUCAUUUGCCCCAGACGCAGUUAAAUGACAGGUCUGAGGAAGACAAAACCACACAACCAGCUGAAACUGCCCAAUCACCUGUGGCCACUCUUCCCAGUUGCCUAACUUCUCCAGUAACCAAAUCACCGCCUCAACCAUCAACAGAGCCUACAAUAGUGCUGUCAUCAGCAUCCCCAUUAGAUUCUACAUCCUUGUUACCUGGUGAUGAGUUGAAGUCCAUUGGUGAAGAGGAUUUGCCUGAUGAUUCUGGAUUAACUUCUCAAUCACUCCAGGAUGAGGGAAGCCAACAAACUUGCAAUACUGAAACUGGCCGAGGGGAGAUUGACAGUGUUGAUUCAAGAGCCAGUGAAAAAGACACCAGUUUGGACCACCCUGUACCCCAGACUGACACUGAAGAAUUCUCACAAGGUGCAACUGUUGAAGAUGAAGUCUCUCAGGAUUCAAUUGCUGACAAUUCAUCUCUUGGUUUGUUAGCAGAUUAUGAUGUGUCUCAAGAUUCAACCGCUGACAAUGUAUCUCUUGGUCCAACAGCUGAUUAUAAAGUGUCUCAGGGUUCUGCUGAUAAUCGUUCCUCUAGUCCAGCAAUCGAAGACAAAGUGCCUUUGGAUGAAUCUAAUCUGGAUGAAGUAUUACCCAGUACCAAUGUUGAGGAAAAUGAAUUGGUUCAUGAAAACAUGAGUGUUGAUGACAGCGAUGAAGAAGAGAAAGAAUUGGUGACAAAUGAAGAGGAAGUCAAUGAUGGUGUGGAGGAUGAAGAGGAGAGUGGUGACCAGAGACAUAGUGAUCCUGGAGACAAUGAAUCUUUAGAGGCAUAUCCAAGGGUAAAUGGUACUUUGAGUGAAUCUAUGGACUGUGACGAUGCAGAUGUGUUUAAUGAAAAUUCCAAAGAACAGCCAUCAGAAUCGUCCUGGAAAUCCGAAAAACCCAUCAUUAUGUCAAAAAAUCUUAACUUGGCAUGGAAAAAGGCAUUUGCCAACACUGCAAAGAGGUAUGAAGAAAACAAUAUGUUGACAACUGAUGAAAAAGAAGGCAGUGACUCAUCGUGUAUGUCUCAGUCAGACAAUUCGGGCUCUGUCCAUAGUUUGGAACCUGCCGAAGAACCCUUUCAGGAAGAUACUUUCCCUACUAAUGAAACGUUUGUUGACUUUCCUGUUCAUGAGCACUCUGCUCCAAUUGAAGCAUCCACUGAAAUUCAUCAAAGUCAGACACAGCUGGAGCAAUCCACUGAAAUUCAUCAAGAUCAGUUAUUGCAGGCGCAAUCCACAGGAUAUCAAAAUCCAGGCAAACGCACCUCCAAGUUGCAUAAGAAGAGAAUACGCAAGGAAAGAGCCACAGUACCUGUAUUUGAGGAGUCAACAUCAGCUUCUUCAAGGGAUCACCUGGACACAAAUCUUAGAGUUGGCAUGGCAAAUCCGGCUCUGGACUGUGCUCAGAACAUGGGAGUGCAGCCAAAUGUUUCAUUUAAGUGUGUGAGAUGUGGUGCAAAGGGUUUCAUGUCUAUGAGUGAUCUUAAAGACCAUCAGAUGUUGUGUUUGAGGAAUCCAUUUACUGUGUGCCCCCAAGAACAGCAAGCCUCUCCUAGUCCUGAAACCAAUUCUAAAAUAAGGAUCACAAGAAAAGUGUUUUUGUGCUCAGCUUGUGGGUCGUAUUAUGAAAAUUGGAAUCUCUUUCUCCAUAUGAGAGAAGUGCAUAAACGCCAUAUUUGUUUGUUCUGCCUAGGUAUGUUCUCUCAAGCCGAAAAGUUAUCUCUACACCUUGUAUCAAAACACAAAGUAUCUGCUGGACAUUAUGCAACACCAGAAGAUUUCAAACAGUCCUUUAAAGGAAUGUGCUUUCUUAUGUGUUGCACUUGCGAAAGGAUGUUUACUGAAGAAAACUUUACAAGUCACAUGUGUAGAAGAGAUUUAGUUGUUUGUGAUGUUUGCCAAGGUAGAGGCUUCCAUGUGCCAACAUGCCCACUCAUUAACUCAGUGAGAGAUGAUACUCUGUCACCCCAGAGAUGUUCAGAAACUAGCUCUGUUGUGUCCCAAACUACAGGAAGUGUUAAAUCUAGUGACCCAGCUCAUAAUAGUCGUUUCAGUUUGAAGUACAACAAAUUAGGUACUAAGUCCAAACCUGUACUGAAAGUUAAAGUCCCGACAGUACCACCAAAGAGAGCUGAGAAACGUAAAGUAGUUAGGAGUGCUAUUUCAUUACCUAGUUCUCCAUUACCUCAGACUGCAUUUCACUUACAAUCUAGUCUCGCUCAAGAUGUGCACACACCAUCUAUGAGUGUGUCAACUGGCAGCUUUAUGUCAAACUUAGAUCGAACAAUUAAUUCUGUUGCUUUAGGAGUUACUGAAGAAGCUAGAGCAUGGGAGGAACGUAUGGAAGCUGAAAGGAGAAGAAUUAUUGAAGCUAGACAAAUUUACACUGACACUGAAGAUGAGAGUGAAACUGAAGCAGUGAAUGUAGUUGAGGAAGCUGAGACUGAAGGUGGUGUUGUGAGCGGCAAUGACGACUUAAUACAUUCCAGCUCCUCAAGUGAGAGUAGCAGUAGUGAUGAUGAAGAGAAGGAAGAGGGAGAAACAGAAGAGGUGAAACCCAGUAAUGUAGCAGAAUACCCUGGACAUGAAGCAGGAUAUGCAAUAACUCAGGAGGAACAUAGAUUUGAAGAGCAAGAAAUAAGUGUGGAAGGCAACAGCGAUCAGGAAAACAGAGUUGAAAGAACUGAGCUGGAAGUGGAGCAGAAAUCUGAACUGGACAUUGUAAAAGAUGCCGGUCAGGAACAAGGACAAGAAUUUGAGCAGGACGUCCUAGAUACCAAGAAUGUAGAAGCAGAAGUGGAGGAUGAGAAUGAUGCUGGAAGUGAAGACGAAGAACAAACACCAUUAUCAUUAGAUCUGGAGCCGUGUAACACCACACCUUAUAAACCCUCUGAUGAAAACACAUUGGAAAGUCUAUCUGAGGAUGUUUCCCAAACACAGGCUGUUUCUGAAGAUGUGAGCACAUUAAAUGAUACUGCAGCAGCUCCUGAAAUUAUGGACACAGAAAUUAAUCCUGCUGAAAAUGGUGAUUGUUCUUUACUUUUGGCACCAGAAGAAACUGAAAGUAAAAUGGAGCUAGACACUGAGAACAUCCAGAGUGAAAAUCAUGACACUGAAGAUUUAAUGCAGCCUCCUGCUGUGGAGCCAUCUCCCCUCAAUGACAAUGGUCCUCUAAGUGACUCUGGUGCUGAGCAGGUCUUGGCACAGGAAACUGAAGAGGCCCCCGAGGAGAGAGUGAUGGAUGGUAUAGUUUUGGCUGGUGAAGAAGUGCCUGAGUAUGAGCUACAAUUGGAGAAGCCACUGCACGUAUUGAAAACUCAAGAAGUUCUGAAGGAGUGUGUACGUCACCUCUGUUGGUCCUGUGUGUAUUGUAGUCAUGCUAAGAAAAUUGCUGUGAAUGGUAAACAGCUCGCUCUUCACAUGAUGUCAGAACAUCGUGUUAUCCCAGUGGACAGCAGCCAUCAUGAGACACCUGCUAAUGAACGCUUGAUUACAAAAUUGAAGGACUCUCUGGAAUUCCUGCAGACUACCUUUUUUAACACUGAUUCUUAUGAUAGUACUGACAAAGCAAAUUCUCUCCCUUAUGAUAGAUCUUAUGAAUGCUUUCAUUGUCAUUAUUACACUAGAUUGCACAAGGAGUUGUAUAUUCACAACAGAAAAAUGCAUCAGAAGACAAUUCUUCUCUGUAUAAUGUGCAAGUCUAAUUUUUAUAGCUAUAGUGAGCUGUUGUCUCAUCUGUGUCCUGGUAUAUAUAUCCCACAGAUUGAUAUUACCUUCCGGUGCUGCAUGUGUGAUGUUGAUGAAUUGCCAUCUGCAUUUCGUCUCAUGGUUCAUUUAAGGAAGAAGCACAAUGCUUGUGAUGUUUGUCUUGAAGUCACAGAUGAUCAACAGAAACUUUCCAACCAUGUUUGGAAACACAAGCUUCAUCAUUUGUGUUAUAGGUGUGGCAUUGCAUAUAGAAAUAAGCCAGAUAUUACAAAGCACUUAUUCUGGAAACAUGGAACUGAAAGUGUGCUAUGCAAGAGAUGUUUGCAAAAGAAAUGGCCGCAUGUUUAUCACUUUUGUGUCCCUCCUGCAACUUUUGUUUGUGAAGAAUGUAAUGCCAUAUUUUCAAGAGCAGUUGCGUUACGAGUUCACAAACGAUUUCAUUCUGAAGAUUUUAGAUAUCCGUGCACUGAAUGUGAAGAUAAAUUUGUUUCUAAGAAACUUUUAGCAAAGCAUUUAGAGAAGCAUAAGGCUCCCUUACUGCCACGCCCCCCACCGGUACCAGCAUCACCGCCACCUCAGCCGGCUUCUGAGCCGGAGGAAGUGAAAGAUAGCUCAGCUACAUUAAAUAAACCUAAGAUCUCCCCUGUACCUGAAGAAAAAGAAGAAAUAAGUGUUGCCACUAGAACAGAGACAUGUGAAACUGGCAAGAUCAAUUUGAAGUCUCCUCCUGGUUCUCCAUUAGGAACAAAAAAGAAGAAAAAACACAAGCGAGAAGAACAGGAAGAUGAACUGAAGCAAAAGAAGUCUGUUGAUGUAUUUGACCUUCCACCACUCAAUUUGUCAUCUGAUAGUGAUAGUUCAGAUGAGGAAGAAAAAAAUAAACCUGCAGAACCUGUGCGAAAGGAAACGCCCCCUGAGGAACCCCGAGAACCAUCUCAAUCUCCUUCUCUCCCCGUCGUUGAAGACAGACAGGACCCUGAUGAACCUGCUCCAGUAGUGGAAGGCAUCUGGGAUAAGUUCCAGAAUUUCCAAGCAGAACUGGAAAUACGAGAUGAUCCCUUGGCUUUCCUGCGUAGAACUAUUAUGAUGGAGCAUGACUAUUGUUUACCUGCUGAUAAACCUAAAUCAACUAACCAAGAAGCUUCAACAGAAGCUUCUGCUGCUGAUACCAGUGCUGUUUCAGGGGAAAAUAAAGAAGCUGCUCCAAAAGCUGAUGGUAGUGAGACUCCGAAAUCAUCUCCUGUGAAAAAGAAGAAAACUCCAAGAAAAAGGAAAAGGGCAAACUCGGGACGAGCGUCAAGUUCUUCAUCAAGUGAUUCUAGCAGUGAUUCAGACUCAAGCAGUCGUUCUUGUGGGUCAAACUGUAGUUGCUCAAGUCGAUGUGGAAGUGGAAGCUCUAGUAGCUCAAGUUCAUCAUCAUCUAGUUCUGAUUCAGAAGACAGCUCAAGUUCAGAAAGUCGGCGCAAGUCAGCAUCUAAAAAAGAUAAGCGAAAAGAGAAAGUUGAAGAUAAUAGCAAUAAAAAAGAGGAUGAGGCACUUGCGGAACCAGUUCCCUCUGUACAAAAUGAGCCUAAUCCACCAGUGACUAUUCAGCCUCCUGCUGCCAUCCAGCCACCUGCAGAAGAGCCCCACAUUGAUGUUUUAGAAAUGGAACUAAUUAUUAGGGAAUCUGAUUUGGACACUACUGAACCUGAAACUGAUGAGGACUUUUAUGAUGAUAAUCCUCAAAAACUUGCCAAUGAAAAGCGAAGUUUGAUGCUCUUGGCAGCUGCUGCUCCUUCAAAUAAUGGUGGUCUCAGCCCUGCACCAUCCCAUUCAAGUCAACCCCCCAGUGCUGCACCUUCUGAAUCUACACCUUCUAAAAAGAAAAGUAAAAAACGUAGGAAAAAAGCUUCUUCUAGCAAAACAGUUGAAGAAAGCUUUGUAUCUCAAGAUAUUUUGGGAGCGCAAGAGCGUGUGCCUGAGUGGUCUCAACACCUUGACCAGUCAUACCAGUCCUACAGUCAUCAAUCAAACUCAGUUAAUGCUAAUGAAUCAUUUUUCAAUUCAUCAUAUUACAAUUCAACAAAUGCCACCACAACCUCAAGUUCUCCUGGGCUUGCUUCUGCACCCAGUCCAGCUCAAUAUCACCAGCAACAGCAGCCACCGCAGAUAGCACAAUAUACAUUCAAGCAAGCUCUUCACAAUCUCUCAACUCAAAGUACUGGCAGUGGAUCAGAAACAGAAGGCAGAACUAAGCGUAAACGCAUGAGGAAUAAGUUUUAUGGUUACUCAAGUAAUGAAGAAAAUGAAAAUAGCCAUCAAGUGACCAGUAAGCAAAGGAAAGUCAAUGCUAACAGUAGCUAUCAGACCAAUGCUAGUUAUCAGGCCAGUCAUUAUGAGACACCACCUCAACCUGUUAUGCCGCCCCUUACUAUAAAACGAAGUCAAAUCAAACCACCUGCACCAACUCCCCCUCCUGUUACAGAGACCUACUAUGAAUCAACAUUGGUCCCUUCAAGUUGGAGUAACAAUUCUAUUGCCCAGGCAAAGUCUGAUUCAGACAGUGAUUCCGAUGCCAAGGCCAAUUCAAAUUCCUCAAGCGACACAGAUAGUGAUGAUGACGCCAUGCAGAUUGCAGAAUCUCCUCCUCCUCCUCAGCCUUAUGAGCCUCCGCCUCCUGCUGAAAAGCAGAAUUUAUACUGUUAUUGCCAGUGCCCUUAUGACGAAGUAUCUGAAAUGAUAGCUUGUGAUGGCCAAAACUGCAAAAUUGAGUGGUUUCACUUUGAAUGUGUUGGUAUCAUGGUGCCACCUAAGGGCCAGUGGUACUGUCCUGAUUGUAGGCGUAGGAUGACAGCAGAUGGGCAGGACUACAUGCUCAACAAUUAAUACGCUUCAAACUUAUUACUGAAACUGUAAAUAUUGUAUUUAUGAAAUCACUUCCUGUAGGCAAUGUAAAGUAUUUCAGUUUCUCAUGUCAAUAUGAAAAUGACUGUUCCUUACAAUUUAGUUUGUUAAAGCCUUUGCAACAUUUGUUGCUUGGUAAUUGUAACAUAUUUACAAUUAUGAGUUUUUGUUAGAACUGGUGUAAAGACUUGUAUUUAAGAUAUUAAAUGUAACAUAUUUUUUGUAUGAUUUAGUAGGCAUUUUUAAAGAGGUGAACAUCUUUGGAACCUGAUUAUACAGACCUUGUGUGUAUGAUAAAUUUGAUUGUAAAUAUCUUUGCAGAAUAAAUUUCUCACUAUAUUUAUAGUGAAGCAACAUUUUUAUCAAUAUAGAUGUGCAAAUGUAGAACUGAAUUUUACUCAUUUGGCUAUUGAAAAAUAUGUUUUGAGAAGUUGAAUUUGUUUGUGGUAGAGCAGAGCAUGCUGCCCUACCCAUGGGCAGCCCCACUUUGGUUAUAGAAAUAUUUUAAAAUUUUGAUGUAUUAUUGAGUGUAUUUUUGUUACCUUCAUAAUCAAGCAGGUGCACUGGCUUGUUCAGAUUACCAAUGUUUCUUUCCUGUUGUAAUUGGCUGCACUUUUUACAGUGUCAGUUUUGUGGGUUCUUCUUUUUUCUGUUGUUAAAAACAAACUCUAAAGUAUUGGACGCCACUUCUGAUUUUGACAUUCCACUCUGUUUUACUAUUUUCUCAUUUUUUUUCAGUUUUCAACAUAAUUAUGUAGUUGUGUUGUCUAGCCCUAUGGUCUUUUCUUAACUGAAUGGUCUAGGUAGGACCAAUAAUAAUGUGCCAGGGCUGUUGCCACGUAAUGAAAUGUUAUUUGUUGUCAACGUUUAUUGUCUGAACUUAAAGAUUGAUUACCCUUGGCUAAUUAAUUAACCAGUACUCUGUUUUCAUGUUGUUUCCUGGUCACAGAUAAAGAAUUGUUCUGUUUUCUGGUGAGGCACAACAUUUACUGUACUUCUAUGAACAAUCAAAAUUUAUUGUUUGUCACUGCCUUAAUUAAUUUUCUUAUGGUCUUAUUUAAAUCUUAUCUGCUUUUGAUUAUAAGAGGUGUUUAGUUACUGAGCAGAUUUACUUAACACCACCUCUCCUUUUAAUCAUGAUCUUGAGUGUUGUUGUAUGAUAUGGUAUGCAAUACACCAAGAAAGUCUACCACAUGUAGAAAUUUUAAUUUUGGGACUACCCUGACCUCAAAACAUUUCUAUGUCUUGAUUUUACAUCUAAAAUAUAUCGUCUCAAUUUCCAAUUUGUGAAAUAAAGUUAAGUUCCUGUGCUUUUGGCUGGCAACAGUUACAAGUACAACAGACUUGCUAUGCUUGCAUUACUCUGAAUUAGCUUGGUAUUCGUCUCAUGAUUGUGAGAAUGAAGUUGUCAUUCACUAAUGCUCCCACUAGCACUUGAACUUAAACUUUAUUUUUGAUUAAAUUAUUUGCAAUGAAUUUACUUUGAGAAUGUGUGGAAUGUAUGAGGGUAUUAGCACUGUUACACAUCAAUUGAGGUGGAGCUGAAGUGGGUAUUGUGGUUGAAAGAUCUGUAAUGGUUAUCAUUCUUUUCAUGAAAGGCUGGACCUGUUUGAAAAUAUUCAUGAAUAAACACACCAAGGAACCACUGUA